AUGGCACACGGACAAUUCGCCAAACUGUUUGAUGAUAAUAAACUUAAGGGACCCAACUAUGCUGACUGGUACCGUAACCUUAAUCUGGUUCUGACGUCCAAGAAAUUGGACAAGGUUGCCAAGAACCCUACUCCAGAAUGUCCGGGAGACAAGGCUUCUGAAGCACGUAGGAGGGAAUAUCAAGAAUGGGAGGAGAAAAAUUCUCUUGCUCGAUGUUAUAUCGUAGCAUCUUUAGAUAAUGCUAUCCAGAGACAAUUCGAUAAGAUCGAAGUCUGUAAAAACAUUCUAGAUAGUCUAAAGACUAUGUAUGAGGAGCAGAAUCGUUCUGCCCGUCAAAAGGUCCUCAAGCUGUUGAUGACCACACAGAUGACCGAGAGCCAAUAG